AUGGCUACAGGGGAGCAGGUGGGUGCUUGCCCUGUGGGCUGGGGAGGAUAUAGAACACAGACAGGCCUGCCACCCCUCGGGGCACACAGCGUGGGAGGUAGCUGGGGGGCUGCAGGCUCCCUGCUGGGGUGCUCACGGGGCUCUUCGGGGCUGUCCCACCUUCCCCUGCAGAGGCAACAGGAGCGACGCCGGCAGAGGGCUCGGCAGCAGGAGCUGCUCCCGGCAGAGAUCCUGGGCAAGCACCCGCUGCAGAACAGAUGGGCAUUGUGGUUUUUCAAGAAUGACAAAAGCAAGAUGUGGCAAGCAAAUCUGCGCCUUGUCACCAAAUUCAACACUGUGGAGGACUUCUGGGCGCUGUACAGUCACAUCCAGCUCGCCAGCAAGCUCACAGCUGGCUGUGACUACUCCCUCUUCAAGGAUGGCAUUGAGCCCAUGUGGGAGGACAGCCAGAACAAGCGUGGUGGGCGCUGGCUCAUCACCCUGGCCAAGCAGCAGCGGCACACCGAGCUGGACCGGUUCUGGCUGGACACACUGCUGUGCCUCAUUGGGGAGAUGUUUGAUGAGUACAGUGACGAGGUGUGCGGGGCCGUCAUCAACAUCCGCACCAAGGGGGACAAGAUUGCCAUCUGGACCCGGGAAGCGGAGAACCAGGAAGGGGUCACCCACAUUGGGCGUGUCUACAAGGAGCACCUGGGUCUGUCACAGAAGGUGGCCAUUGGCUACCAGGCUCAUGCGGAUACGGCCACCAAGAGCAGCUCCCUUGCCAAGACCAAGUUUGUGGUGUGACUGUGGGGAGAGUGGGGAGCUGCCUAUGAAGUCCCCAUGUACUGUCUCACAAUGAAUUUCUGCAUCUGAGCAUGA